AUGAUAAAAGUUGGUCAAGAACCAAAUGUUCAAUUAUUUUAUGCUCACUCUAUAAUAUUAAGAGUGAGAUGUGAAUAUUUUAAUGCGGCAUUUGGAAAUAGUUGGGUAAAGACGGAAGAUAGUGGAAGAAUGAUUUUUGAAAAACCGAAUAUUAAACCAAUUAUAUUCGAUGUAAUUUUGAGAUAUAUUUAUAGUGGAAUAUUAAAUAUUUCAAAUCUUUCUAUCGAACAAAUUCUUGAAUUGUUAAUCGCUUGUGAUGAAUUAUGUAUUCAAUAUCUUCUUGAUUCAUUACAGUCUUAUUUAAUUGAUAAACAUUCAAAAUGGAUUCGUAAGAAUUUAAUAAUAAUUUAUCAAACAUGUUUUCAUCAUUCUUCUCUUUCUAAACUUUUCGAUUAUUUUUUUGAAACUGUGACCAAGAAUCCGAAUCCUCAAUUAUUAUUUACAUCUCCGAAAUUUUAUUGUCUCGAUGAAACAGAAUUAUUAUCAAUAUUACAAAGAAAAGAAUUAACUUCAUUAUUGAGUCAAGGAAAAAUAUGGGAUUACGUUCUUCGCUGGGGAAUUUAUCAACAUUCCGAAUUACCCACAAACUUAAUAUAUUGGAAUGCACAAGAUUUUGAAAAACUUAAACGCACUUUAAAGGAAUGUAUUUCAUUAAUAAAAUUUAAUGAAAUGAGCGUUAAAGAAUUUUAUCAAAAAGUUCAACCUUAUGCAUUUAUUUUGGAUGCAAACAUUUAUCAUCAAAUUCACUUAAAACAUUCAUCGAUUAAAUCAUUAAAUAAUUUUAUUAAUUGGAAAUUAAAACCCGAAGUAAUUUUAAUGCCACAGAAGAUUGAAUCAAUGAUGUUAAAUGAAGAACAAGUGAAAUUAAUUAUUAGUUGGAUAAAUAGAGAUAAUUUAUCAUCAUCCACUAGUUUAGUUAAAAAGAUUUCCAAUACAUUCUUAAAGGGUAAUAGAAGAAAUUCAAAUAGAGAAAGGGGACGAAGAGAACGACCAAUGUCUGCCAUUUUCAACAACAAUAAUAAUUUAAGAAGAGAACGACCAAUUAAAAAUUCCAGUACAUCAAGUUUGAAUGAUAUUUCUCAACAUAAUUAUUAUAAUUCUUCUGAUUCUUCUUCAAAUCUUUAUUAUUACACAAUUAAUCCCAAACAAAGUACAAAAAAUUCAAAAAUCAUUCGAGCCAAAGAAGGUUGUAAUACUAUCCGACAACAUCAAUCAAGUGGCCCAAAUUUCUUUUGUUUAAGAUUAUGUAGUAAUAAUAAAGUAAAAUGUUAUCUUAGAGAAAAUUAUAAUUCACAAUUACAUGAAGAAGGAUGUUUUGAAAUUGAAGAUUAUGAA